ACCACCGCGCAUAUUCAGUUCAUUGAAGAGGAGACGACGAUAACCAAGGCUACCAUUUAAUUAUAAACAUCUUUUUUAGUUUAUUUCAUAAUAUUAGAAUGCUUUGAUUUGUUACAAUUUCUUAUUUUUAAAAAUCCGGAUAAAUUUGAUCCAUAAGUACGGAACGCUGACAUUUUGGUUGUUAUGGUUAGUGUAAACAGAGCAGUGUAAAGAUAGGGCCAACGUUUAACAGAUUCUUCCUGCAUAAUCCUGGGAACCAGGAUGGAUGAGAGACGAUAUAAGUGUGCUCUGUGCAACAAGAAGAUCCCCCAGGAUGAACGACGGCCAGCUACUUUAUUUCUUUCUGUUUUACAGAAACAUUUUUCUGUAAAUGUGGAAGACUCCGACGUAUUGUGUAAUAAGUGUCGUCAUAAGUGUAGGAAAAAGAAUAAAUCUUUUGCCACUGGACUCACAUUAUCAAGGCCAGCUCCCCAGGAGGAAAAAGAGGAUCCAACUUACGCAUCACCAAAUCCAAAGAAAACCAGACUCUCAUUUCAUAGUCCUCCUUCCGUUCCCCUGCCAAUUCCAUCAACAACCCAAAGCCAUGGUUACUGCCUUGUUUGCAAGAAACCGGGACCCAAACUUGUUACAGUUUCCCAUCAUGUUCGUAUGUUUGUAUUCAUCAGUCGAGGGAUAAUUAUCCCGUCUGGUGCAAGGUGUUGUACUCGACAUUUGGAAAAUGGGAAAAUGACUGAUGAAGCUAUGGAGCAGAUUAAGACGAGUGAGAGCACGACACUGAACAAAACUUCCAUCACCAAUCUAAUCAAGGAAUUGCGAGAUAAAGCGUUUCAGCAAUCGAGGCUUGACUUUGAUGAUGAAGGCAGCCUAGACGACAGUGACUAUCAAGUGCUGACAGGAUUUUCUCGUCUUGAAUUUCAUGACAUUGUCUCAACAAUUACCAGUAUCAACUCCUCCAAAAAUCGAAGCAAGAGGACUUGUGUAGCCAUCCUGUUGAUGAAACUGAGAUCAGCCCUUUCAAACAAAAUGCUUGCCGUUUUAUUUGGCAUGACUAAGUUUCAAGUUCGACGAGCUAUUGCAUCUGCCAGAGCAGCGCUUAUGAAAGACUUCGUGCCAUCCAAUCUUGGAUUUCAGCAUGUUACACGUGAAGAAGUCAUUCACAACCACACUCGUGAGCUAGCUAGGGAUCUUUUGACCCACGACAUCACGACAAACCCUGCAAUCUUGGUUUUGGAUGGAACGUACGUCUACAUACAGAAAAGUUCGAAUUUUGCUUUUGCCCGACGAUCAUACAGUUUAUACAAACAUAGGCCCCUGGUUAAACCAAUGAUCGUGGUAACAACGAGUGGAUACAUUGUAUCGGUUCUUGGGCCCUAUCUGGCUGACACAAAGAAUAAUGACGCCAACAUCCUAAAACACAUGAUUUAUAGUAAUGCUGAGGAGAUAAGGAGCUGGAUUCAGGAAGAUGAUGUCUUUGUUGUCGACCGUGGUUUCAGGGACGCCCAGGAUUUGUUGGAAGACAUUGGAAUCAGGAUGGAGAUGCCUGCUUUCAUGAAAAGGGGAUCCAAGCAGCUCUCCACAUCUGAUUCUAACUUGUCUCGAGUCGUGACAAAGGUUCGUUGGAUUGUAGAAGCAACAAAUGGGCGACUGAAACAGUGGCAGUAUUUAGCUAAAACGUUACCAAACUCGCAAAUCCCAUUUAUUGGUGACUAUGUGAGAAUUGUGGCGGCACUGUGCAAUAAGUACAGGCCACCACUUAGUGUGUCAUCCGAUGAGGACAAACAACUUGCUGCAAAAAUGCUUCACCUUUCAGAAAGAAUCAACACAUUACAGGAACGCGUGGAAACUGAGGGACUUGACAGAAGAGGGCUGCGUUGGACUAAAGUUGAUGCAGAGAAUGUUGCCCCAGAUUUCCCAUGCUAUGAAGAGACUGAAUUGCGCCAACUUACUCUUGGAGUAUAUCAACUUCGCAUGGCCCAUUCCUAUGCUAAAGAGCACAUUGAUGAAGAUGGUGGAUUUGAAAUCUGCAUUAGUGAUGACAUUCCUGGGUUGGUUAGUGCUAAGAUUCAAAGCAGACAUAUAGCUGCUAAACAGUACAGAUGCUGGGUUAGUUUCAGUGAUGGAGUGGUGGAUGGGUGGUACUGCAAAUGUAAAGCUGGGACUAGAGUCGUUGGAAUGUGUGGUCAUGUAACCAGUGUUGUAUGGUACCUCUCUUUCGGGCGUCAUCAGGAGUUGGUGAAAGGGGUUCGUAACUGGACUACAACACUGGAGGACGCCUCUGACAUCCAGGAUAUUAUAGAUGAAUCGGAUAGUGAUGGUGAUGACAAUGGUUUGGAAGAGUGAUAGAAAACAAGGAAGCAUUACAGAUAGAAAGAGAUCAGUUACACGAAACUGUACAGUUAUGCCUGAGCUCGAAAGAGACAGACUUCUUUAUAUCUACAAUUACAUUUCAUUCUUGCAUAAUGAUACAAUGUUGUUUCUCAGUUUGUUGAUACUUCCUCAUCGAGUCACUUUGUUAACUUACAUGUAUUACCA